AUGGCGAUCACUUUUUUUGCAUCAUAUGCGCUCGAUGGUAUGGACGGGAAACAAGCACGAAGAACCGGAACGUCGAGUCCAAUCGGAGAAUUUUUCGAUCAUGGUAUCGACACUUGGGCACUGGUGCCUGUGGCAUUAACAAUGUUCUCGAUUAUUAAUAUUUGCUCUGUACCGUUCUCACUCUCCAAAGUGUACGCAGCAUACUUCGUUCGUAAAAGCGGUCUGCAGCCAAACGCAUACGAAGCCUUCUUGCCGUUAUUUCCAUCAAGCAUCUUCUUCGCUGUUUCCAUCGUCUGGGCUCAUUAUUCACCGAACGAUAUUAUCAGUGUUGAUCCACGUUGCUUUUUUUGGACGAUGGGAAGUGUCUUCUCGAAUAUUAUGUGUCGACUAAUAAUGGCACAAACCACGCGAACACGCGCACAAACCUUCAACUGGCUGUUGGCUGUGUACUGUAUUGGUGCAGCGAUACCACUAUGCAGUAAUGUUACUGUAUUCACGGAACUGCUCAUCAUUCGAACGUUGGCUCUUACAACCACAUUAGCGCAUUUACAUUAUGGCAUUUGUGUGAUCCGUCAACUGUGCGAUCAUUUCAACACAGCAGCCUUCUCAAUUUCCCGACCGCAACAGUCCGCACAAAAAACAACUCAUUCAUCAACCGCGAAAACGUUCGAUUCCAAUCACAGUGUUCAUGCGGAAAGUCUCAUCAAAGAUAUGGCUAUCUUUCCGUGGGAUUAA